AUGGCGCCCGUGACCAGGAAAACGGCCAGCUCUGGCGCAUUCAAGCCCGUCCAUCGCAAGGGCUCCCAAACCAACACGAACUCUUUUGCCGACGCUACUCGCACAUACGGCCACUCGACUUCACAGGACCUCGACAACAAUGCGAGCGCCCUCGUGCCCACCAGUCAGCUCAUCGAUCAAAUCAAUCCAUUGCGCGACAUGGCCGACCGCGUCGGCCGUGAAGUCGACCAUUUUGCAGAGACUCUCGACAAGUUCAACUCCCGUCUGCAUGGCCAAGAUGCAUACCGUACCGCCAUUGACCUGACUCUGGAGUACAAGGACUUUGCGAGCAGCAUGGUCAAGAAGCUGAAGAAACGUCACGAUGCUCAGCGCGUAACCGAGAUGAAGAACGAAUUCGGCAAGAGAAUCACCCAAUCACCCAUAAGAAGCUCCAGCCUCUCUGGCGCAGUAGGACCCGUCACCCACAACGAUGGCGACGAAGACAUUCCCGCACAAACCUCGCUCGACACACUGAGACAAUGGCAAGCCGAACUCGAUACCUGGGAGCUGUUCCGUAUCAUGCUCGAGCUACGAUACUCUCCCGAGAAGCAGACUCUCCAGCAAGAGAAGGAAGCAAGAUUAGCAGACAUGGGAGCACCAAACACAUACACAUCCGACUCGGACAUCUGGGAACGCUUUACUCUGGACAACGAUUCAGCCAGAGAACGGCAUCUGGUUCUCAAAUGGUUACAAGGAGCUGCCAACCAUGGCGAGAGUGACAUCGAGGCAAUUGCUGAAGAGCUGGAAAAGAAGUCAGGCAGAGGAACGGGAAUCUGGUUCAAUGGCUGGAUGGAGACGCGUGAGAGGAUCAAGGGGACNAAAAGAAUGCGCGUCUUCUCGACUGCCUCUUCCGAUAUGCUCGACGUGAAGCGCACCCACAGCAACGAACCCCUGGUAUCUUCUUUGGACCCAGAUGCACCGACCCGUCAGUACCGUGUGCUGGAAAAGGCCGACGAAUAUUCAGAAAGAGCACUUUGGAUGACUUGCUGGGAAAUGCUAAGGCGCGGAUACUCAUGGCACGACAUCUGCCAAUGGUGCUCUGAGCGUAAUCAAAGCUGGCGCGCUGUUAGCAUGGCUGUCUCUUCCGACUCAGACAAGGACAUGGCUCUUCCGGGUCUUUCGGCUGGUUCGCUUUGGCGUCGUAUGUGCUACGCCUUGACACAGCAAACAGGUCUGGACGAGUACGAAGCCGCCGUCUACGGUGUGCUCAGUGGCGAUCUGGACUCAGUCAAGCGUGUGUGCCAGAGCUGGGAUGACUACAUCUUUGCUCACUACAACUCCCUUCUGAUCGGACAGCUGGAAGACUAUCUGCAAAAGAGCUUCCCAGAGAAGUUUGCAUCAGGAACUGCCACCAGAUUCCCGCUCUUCGAUUCUCUCAGACAUCAUGGCGACCAACAGGACGUCGCUCGAAACUUGAUCAGGCGUCUCAAUGAGCAAUCCACCACCUCGCAAGACGCCAGAAAGCCUCUCAAGUUACUGCAAGGUAGUCUCAUCGCAGACAACUUUGCUGACUUGUGCAACAAUCUUGCAACGGCCAUCUCAGACGCUGCUUGGUAUCAGACCACCUCGACCACUAUAGUUCCUCUGCGUACCGCUGUCUCUCCAGAUUCUCAACGAGAGAGUGUCAUUUUCAACGACUAUGACGCUCUACGUAUUAUCACCCACAUGGUUCUGAUGCUACGUGAGUUCCACGAGCCCCUUUCAGACACAAAGUCCGACCCCGAAGCUCUCGACAACAUCAUCGCUGCCUACAUCCAACUUCUGCGCGCUGCUGGCAGAUGGGAGCUCACAUCAGUAUACGCAUCGAGAAUGUCACCUAUCCGUGGUACCAAGUCCCUUGCACAAACCAUGACAGACGUACAAGACCUUCAAGACAAGAUGCACUUCACCAAGCUCAUGUCUACAUACGGUAUCGAUCCUGUCGCCGUCUUGAUCGAACAGGCCAAGUAUCUCAUGGAUGAAGUUCUGCCCAAGAAGCCCGCUGGGCGGGGCAACCUGAAGAUCAUUGAGAGCACCAAAGAUGAUCUUUAUCCUGGUCAAAGAAUAAAGCUGAACUUUGUGGAAGAAGGAAACGGUGGUGAAGGUAUUGCUGACCAUCUCGCCGUCUUUCAUCUUAUGGAGGGUCAUUGGGAUGUCUCCUUCCAGACUCUUGCAUAUGCUUGCAGAAAGCUGCUUCGAUACUAUGAGCUCAGUUUGCUGGUGAAGGCUGUUGAUGCUCUUGAUGCUUGGAGGACAGUGGAGCACGACUAUGCCACUAAGGUUCCACGACCGAGUUCGCUGCCGGCUAAGGUCAAGGCAACCUUUGAGAACACCUGCGCUGCGAUCGAGCCUGUGUUGAGUGGUAUACUCAUGCAUGCCAAGGAUGGUACGAUGAACACGCUUCUCGAAGCUUGGAGCCCAACUGACCUUGAAGCAGACGAUGAAGCCGCCGACUUGGUCAAGAUUCGCAACUGGUACCUUCCCGAGGUCGUACUCGCAUACAACGCAGUCCUUUGUGCGGGCGCUCACAUGAUCAGCCGUGAUCAUCUCCUGCGAAGUAUGGAGCUGGCAAACGAUGUUGCCAACGACAAGACGGGUCUGGCAGAGUGCUUUUUGGAGGCUGGACGUAUGCGCGAGCUGGUCAUUGCGUUUGCUCAAUCUAGUGAGACUAUGUUGAAGCUGAACGAGAUGAACCAGGGCAAGCGCGAGAGGAAGAACAAGGCAGGCAAGAACCUCGACAUUUGGGAGAUCAAGGCAUGA